AUGAAAAAUAGGUUCAAAGUAAUCCUAUAGCCACAGAAUCAAGAUUUAUAUUUGGAAGCUGACUAAUCUAUUUCAGUUGAGGAAUUAUUUGAAUACAUAAAGACCUCUUUAAAGUAAUGUUAUUUUAUGAAGUAGAAUUGAUAAUGAUUUGAAAAAUUGGAAUUGUUAUUCUAAAUCAAAAUGCAUGUAUUUAGAUUUAAAGAGUGAACUAGAAAAUGUCUAAAAUGACAACUUAAUCAUCAAUACUUAAAAUUUUUCAAAUACUCACACUGGAAUGCAUCAAGACUAAUAAUCAAUAAAUAAUCAACAUUUUCAAACUCCAUAAUAAUAAAUCAAUAAUCAAUAUUAAUAAAAAAAUAAAAAAUAAGACUAAAUUAAUUCAUAUGUAUUUAAUGAAAUUCCAAAUUCCAAUAAACUGUCUAUUAAUUUUGUAAUAAGAGAUGGAUCUAUUAAAAGAUAAUUCCCAAGAUAAUUCUUAAGAUAAUUCUCAAGAUAAUUUAAUAUACAUGAUAAAUUAAUAUAAUUAAAAGAUGCGGUGAUGGAGUAUUUAGGAUUUGAAAGGUAAUUUGAUAUUUUUAUAAUUAGUGAUGAUGAAGUUUCUUGCGAUUUAUACAUAUUUGGUUAGCAUUACAGAGGAUAUUGCUUGGAGGCAUUAACACUGCAUCAGUUAUAAUUAAAAUAUAAUGUUGAAGUUCAAAUAGUAUUAAGAUAGAUUGGAUACAGUGGUGAUUGA